CCGAGGUGGCCGCCGCCCGCGCCGCCCACUUCCGGGCUUACGUCGCUGCCAAGGCCGCUCUGCUGGGGCGCAAGAAGCGCAGCCCCGGAUUCCUAGGCCCCGCUGUGGUCUCCACCCCCGCCGCCACCACCCUCUCUGCUCAUGCCGCCCCCGUGGACUACGCAGUUCCACGCGCAGGACGAGCUCGGCCAGUACCACUACGGCUACAGCGGCGGCCCCUCCGCCAAGGAGGAGAUCCGCACCGCCGACGGCUCCGUCGCGGGCGCCUACUCCUACGUGGACGCCCACGGCAUCGUGCAGAGAGCCCACUACGUGUCCGACCCCGUCAACGGCUUCCGCGUCGCCGCCACUAACCUCCCGGUCGGUCCCGCCGCUCCCGCCGCCGCCGUCGUGGCAGCCGCCCCCGCCCCCGCCGUCGCCGUGGCCGCCGCGCCCGCCGUCGUCGCCGACACCCCCGAAGUCGCCGCCGCCAAGGCCGCCCACUUCAACGCCCACCUGGCCGCCAAGGCCGCCGUCCUCGGCCGCAAGAAGCGCAGCCCCGGCUUCCUGAGCGCAGCCGCCCCCGCCGCCGUGCUGUCCACCCCCGCCGCCACCGCCCUCGCCGCCCCCGUGGCCUACGCCUCCCCCGCUGUGGCCGUCGCUCCCACCCGCAGCUUCGCCUACUCCGCCGUCGCCGCUCACGGUGCGCAGGUGCUCCCCCCCGGUCCCGUGGCCGCCUACGUCGCCGCCGCCCCCGUCGUGGCCGCCGCCCCUGCGGCGCACGUGGUCGCCGCCACCCCCGCCGCCGUCGCCUACUCCGCCCCCGCGCCUGUCGCCUACUCCGCACCUGCCGCCGCGGCCGUCCUGCCAGUGGCCGCCUCCAGCCAGUACCGCGUCCAGGACGAACUCGGCCAGUACACCUACGGCUACGCCGACGGAAACUCCGCCAAGACUGAGAGCCGCGCCGCUGAUGGCUCCACUGUCGGCGGCUACUCAUACGUAGACGACCACGGCCUGGUACAGAGUGUCAAGUACCACGCCGAUAGCCUGGGCUUCAGGGCCGCCGCCACCAUCCUGCCCAUCCUGUUCCAUUUUGAACUCUACAUCGUUUAUGUAUGUAACCUUCUUUUCUUUCCCUGAAUCUUCAUGCCCCACAUAGUAUAAUGUAUAAAAUUCUGUAAAAAAUAAAUACGUAAUAAAAGGGAUAAAAUAAAAAA